AUGGUAACACACGAGGUCAAUGAGCAAUACUGUAGGUGUGUAUCAUCCUUAAGUUCGAACACCCUCUACCAGGUACAACAUGAAGCUAGCUGCUGGACCCUCAUAGUUACGUCACCACCACAGCAUCCUGUUAUAAGACACAUCAAACUUGACACAUGUACUCUAAAUGGCGCCACGGACGUGACCCAGGUCGCUAUGACGUCAUCACAGAACCAUGAAACGAACUUCGCACUAUGUACUCUAAAUGGCGCCACGAACGUGACCCAGGUCGCUAUGACGUCAUCACAGAACCUGAACCCUGAAUCAAACUUUGCACUAUGUACUCUAAAUGACUCCACGGACGUGACCCAGGUCGCUAUGACGUCAUCACAGAACCCGGAACGACUCAGAACUCCCGCUAUGACGUCAUGACGUUUGACAGAUGACGUUUGACAGAUGACGUUUGACAGGUGACGUUUGACAGAUGAAGUUUGACAGGUGACGUUUGACAAGAUGGCGGGAAAACAUUUCCCCCCCACCCCUUUUUCUGGUACCCAU